AGUUCAGAGGGAAAGGAAAAAGUGUUUCUGUCAGCAGCUUUAGGACCCUGCAGACACCAUGUGAGGGGAGAUAAAAGCAGGGAGAGACGAGGACACGUUCAGAGACAGAGGACGAGAGGAAAAGAAGAAGACUUCACCCUCAGAUGCAGUCUGAUGCAUCACAGCUCUACCUGCACUAUCGACAAGGACAGAUAGGAGAGGAAACAAGGAAACAGAUAUUAGGACAACAUCACAAUCCUGAGCACGAAGGAGAGCUUCAACUCAAAGCCCUGUCCCUCCAUAGGACGAGAAGCUCUAUGUUUGAGGAGACAGGACAUUUCUGAGGAGCAGACUCACCUGCAGAGUGCAUCAUGGGAACUCCUUGAUCCUGCAACAGAAGAGACUCCUGCAGACAUCCAGACAAUCCCUCCGCUGCAGGCAUGCCUCCCCAGGGACGGAGCUCCGCGGCUGGGCUCGGAGGGCUGCUGCUCCUGGGAGCGAUGGUGGUGAUGGUGAUGGUGGUGGAGGCGAGCGAGGAGGAGAGCGAGGAGCUGCUGGAGGACGAAGAGGAGGACAGCAGCACCGAGGUCCAGGACUCCUCAGAACUGUCCCGGGUUUCUCCUCUCAGCUCCUGGCUGAUCUUCAGGAGAAACUCCAACAAGGGGGACAACCGGCGGAGCAAAGCGUCCAGGAGGCCCUCCAAGCAUGGUCUACCAGGCCCUCCAGGACCCCCAGGCCCCCAAGGGCCUCCGGGCCCCCCAGCCCCUCUCCUGCCCAGACAGCACGAUCUCCUCCAGGAGCUGCAGCUGAAACUGAGAGACCUGGUGGGAGGGGGCGGGUGCUUCCGGUGCGAUGCUACUCCUCCUCGGGUCUCCACCUCCUUCCUCAGCCGCCUCCUGCUACCCGUUGUGGUGCCGAGACGCAGCCUGCUGGAGCUGCAGCCAUUCAGCCAGCCGGCGGACUCGGAGCGCAGCCUGCAGAGGGGGCGGAGCUUCAACAGCAGCACCGGCCGCUACACGGCACCGCUGUCCGGAUUCUACCAGCUUACCUCCAGCCUGCUGAUCGAGUCAGGUGACAGAGUCCAGGUAAGACUCAGAGACAGUGUGAGGGCAGCGAUCUGCAUCGAGUCUCUCUGCCAGAGCAACCUCUCUGUAGAGUCUGUGAUGGGCGUGGCAGCUGCUGGAGGAACGUUCAGCAUCCUACUGACAGGAACACUCUAUCUGCAGGCCGGAGAGUAUGUGUCGGUGUUUUUGGACAACGCCACGGGCUCGACCCUCAGCGUCCUGCAGGACUCUCUGUUCUCCGGCAUCCUGCUGGGAGUCUGAAAGCCUCCCAUCCAGCGGGGAGCGUCUCCACAGGGAUCUGAAAACCCAGGCUUUAGACCAGAGGGACUCAGCUCUGAGAGGAGCAGAACCUGGUGGACGUCAGAGGAACUGCAGCCACUGUGUUCCUCUGGACAAUUAUUCCUCUCGGAUCGCUGAACGACUGAGGACAUUUUUAUAUUUUGCUUAAAUCUUUGCAUUUGAGCAGGAUCAUUUUCGAACAGCUGUCUGUGUUUCUCCGUCAGGUUUCCUUUCCUUCAGGUGAUCAAAACCAGAUGAGUUUACCCAGGCUGAUCCUGCAGAGGAAGCAUCCCAUCAUAAACUCUGGUGUUCAUUUAGCUAACUCUGUCCAUCCAUGUCCACCAAAAGUGAGCUUUAGAUAACGCUUUGCAAGAGCUCUGAUCCUGGUUUCAUCCAUGUUCACGUUUCUGUUGUGGAGACGCACGCUAAGGGGCUCCUAUUCAUUUCAUAUCCAAACAUAACCAUCAGAAAUCUUAUUAUAACCGAGCGUUGUGUUUCCUGACCAGCUGUGUGUGCCGGUGGAUCUAAUGAUCGUUUCUCUGAGUCUUAUUUUAAGUGAUAUUUAUUCUCUUUAUGGGAUGAACGAGUUGUGAAUAUUUCUGAUAUUAAAACACCUCCAGUUGUUCAUCGUUCCCACUGAUGUUUCUGUUGGAGGAUGACUGGAUGUUUGUGUUACCAUUUAAAUAAAGUCACCAACCCUCUGGUGAAACUCCA